AUGCCUCCGGCCCCCGCACCUCCGAGCGCAUCCGUCCUCCUGCCCCUCCACCUCCGCCCCGCUCCCACACGGAAGUCCGGCGGUCGCCAUGUCCCCCACGUACCGAUGAACAAGCCGCUUUUCCCGAAUGAGCUUCCCACGCCAAGCGGCAAUCUCACAACCGCCCCCGCGGAAGCGCGUGAAAGAAAUUUGAACCAAGUGGUAUCUCGCCAGGCUUCCGCGAUCGUCGGGUGGAGUUGUCUCUGCAGUAGCGAGUUCUUGUCAUUGAACGUGGGUUCAUCGCCAGGAACUACCGACGGUGAUAUCAAGAGUAUUGAGGCAAUCACGCUUGCGAUUGCAGGAAGCCAAGAUGAAAUCGGUCCUGGUUGCCGCGUGCAUUCGAUUGAGGGCAAUGUUGUCUCUUGGACAACAUGGUACUUCAUUUGGGUUGCUAAUAUCAACGGGGUGGAACUCCUCAUUCCUGUCUCUCGCGGGAAUGCGUACACUCUCAUCUGA